AUGUGGCACCUCGCAAAGAUAGUGAGGCUGGUCAGCACACUCGGGGCAGUCUCGGUGGGGGAGAACGAGGCGCUGUGUCACUUGCCACACUUUGGGCAUGCCAAGAACUUUGUACUCGGCAUGUCAGGGGGCAAACACUGGGUUCUCCUGGUAGCAAGUUCUAAAGGUUGGAAAGACUACAGAGACCAGGCCAAUGUGUGUCACGCUUACCAAGUCAUGCGGCAGAAUGGGAUUCCAGAUGAACAGAUUGUGGUGAUGAUGUAUGACGACAUCGCUUAUAAUAAAAAGAACCCUGAUCCUGGUAAAAUCAUUAAUGUACCAAAUGGACCAGAUGUUUACACUGGGGUUCCAAAGGACUACACUGGAGAGGAUGUUUCAGCUGGAAACUUUCUGGCUGUUCUGCGUGGAGAUUCAUCUGCUGUCAAGAAAACAGGACCAAAAAAAGUCAUACAAAGCGGUAGAAAUGAUACUGUGUUCAUCUACUUAUCAGACCAUGGACUUCAGGGUUCCUUGAACUUCACGAAUUCCACACUUCAUGCAGCAGACCUCACUGACACAGUGAAGACAAUGGCAAGAAAUGGCAAGUUUUCAAAGAUGGUGAUUUAUAUUGAAGCUUGUCAUUCUGGAUCAAUGCUGGAUCAGCUGAAGGACAGCAACGUGUAUGGAGUUUCAGCGUGCAGGCCUGAGGAAAAAAGCUAUUCUUGUUACUAUGACAAAAGAUUAAACACUUCUAUUUCUACUCUCUUCAGUGCUUACUGGCUACAGCACACCGAGAUGGCAAAACGUAACACAACUUCAUUUGGAGAGCAGUUUUCCUACCUGAAGAAAAAAGUCAGUGAGACUAAGAGGCAAAACGGAGACACACAGACGCCGUGUAACUACGGUGACAUGAACAUAUGCAAUUUAAUGUUGAGUGAAUUUCUUGGUGAAUCACGCGACUCAUCCCAGACCCAGGAAAGACAAUAUGAUGAUCUUAAAAGAAGUCAGGAUCAGCCUGCGGUCUGUGUUCUGGCCUGAACCCGCCUUUCCUCCCGUAGCGUGUCGAGUGGAACGAGACGAGCACAACGACGCACUCAUUCAUCCUCAAUGGCAGCUUUUGUGUCCGAAGCAGCAGGGAAACAUCUCGAACCUGGCUCUGAUGCUCACUGUGUGCCGACCCACUGGACGUUUUCACACGACGAUGAGAAAAGCACAAGCUGUCCGGCUCAGUGCGAGUCUCCCGUCUCCUACCUGGACACAGAUCCUGUGUAAACUAACACACACUUCUCAGUGAUUGCAGAAAAUGGAGUCAAAUUACGAAUCUUACCUUUAACUUUGAGAAUUUUGCCUCAGAACAUUAGAGUUUCUUUUGCUUCAUCUGGUUCUAGGAAUUUAAUCAUAAAUCUGGCACCACUUUACACUUCAUAUUUGUUGGAGAUGAAUUUAUAUUAUUAAUGAGGCAGGACACUUCACACACACACACACACACACAUAU